AUUCACAAGAGAAGAAGAGGAGCAGGAGUCACGUGACCAAACUGUCAUGGCGGCCGCCGCUGCAGUCCGGGCGAGCAUCAGGCUGACUUUAAGAUUGGCUAAAGUUGCACCCCAGUGUCGUGUUUGUCCAUUUAACCGGUUAAACAUCUGCAAUGGUGCCACGAUAGCGAAGUCGAGUCGCCGUUUCUCAGCGCCGAGCAGACACUUACAGACCUCCAUAAAUGGGCACCAGAGUGAGGAUGGCAGUUCGACGGUAGAGGAUCCAGAUGAGGAUGUCAUUAAUGUGGUGUUCAUUGACCGGUCUGGGAAGAGGAUACCGGUGAAGGGAAAAGUAGGAGAAAAUGUUCUGUAUCUAGCACACAGACAUGGCAUUGAUCUUGAAGGGGCCUGUGAGGCAUCAUUGGCUUGCUCCACGUGUCAUGUUUAUGUAAAUAAUGAGUACUAUGACAAGCUACCUGAGCCUGAAGAAAGGGAAGAUGACAUGCUGGAUAUGGCCCCUAUGCUGCAGGAGAACUCUCGUCUUGGUUGCCAGAUCAUUUUGACUCCCGAGCUGGAUGGCAUUGAGCUGACCCUACCCAAGGUCACGCGAAACUUCUACGUUGAUGGUCACAUCCCCAAACAUCACUGAGAAAAGAGGGCUGAAGUAAAGGCCGAGCAAACAUGAGAGACAUCUUUUAUGAAGACGAUCGUGAGUCUCGUGUUUAAAGGACCGAAGAGUAGUGCGGAGAACAAAACAUCAGCUUGUUUUUUCUCUUUUCAAAUGUGUCCAGAGAGUCCACACGCACUGAAUGGUGUUUCAGAAACGCACAACAUCUGGAUCAACAAAAGCACUUGGUCCUUUUGGUCAGGAACAUAGAAAUGCCUUGUAAAAACUGUUAAGUUAGAUGGUUGAACAGCUUGGACGGGAAGUUUUAGAAUCACCUUCGAGUUCAGGAGUUCUGCUGUAGCAUUCUAAAAUUUCCAAAGAUAUUGAAGGUGACAUUUUGUGUUACGCACAUCAAUCAGACGCACAAUUUUUAUAUUUCCUUAUACAUGUGUGUAAAAGUAAAACAGAUCACAAUAUAAAUGUUAUUCUGUCAUUCAUUAAGUUUUUUUUUAGCAUGUUUUAUUUUUUAAAGAUAUGUGUUAAAUUCAUUUUCAUUCAUCUGUCUAAGGAUAAAGGGCUAAAGAAAUUGCAGUGACUGUGCUGUUUGGUGACAUUGGCUUCCAAAAGAAGACAACUCCUCUAAAACUGGUUUUCAAAAUGAUAAACAGGGUUUUCUUCUGUCUGUGUAAUUUAGUCUGAGUCAAGACAUAACAGAAAUUGUAUUUAUUUAUUUUUUUUUGGAAAGCCAGCCUUAAGAGUUGUGGAACUACAAUUGAUUUAAUUCUCUGAGCCUGUCAGGAGUAUGCACACUAACAGAAUUUAUGCCUUGAGUGGUAUUACGAGAGCCAUCAUGCUACCCAUGUACAGGUAUUAACUAUUAAUAUACAUGAUAUUUUUGCUUUAAGAUAUAUAACCUCACAUACGUCUCUAAUAUGGAACCCUACUGUGACAGCAAGUAAACAACUGAACCCACCAAACUGUUAAAGAAAGCAACUGCCGUGUGUCUUUGCAUAAUGUUGUUUGUCAAAUGAAUAAAUAUAAAUUAUUAAACUCAAAA